AUGAAUAGCCUCCGCCUACUAAGAAAGUCGGCAACGCCAUGCUCAAAGCGACUCACACUUGCCUCCAUCAUCAACCCUGGCGCGACUCUUCUAUCGCCAUCAACACCCAGAGAUGCUCCUAUUAGUACCAAAAGUCACUACUUUUCCACCUCCACCACUUCUAUUAGACAGCAAUCGAAAUCUCUCGAGUGGGUCAGAGGCAACUAUGGAGUUCUAACGAGGAAUUUUCAUGUAGGUGGUGGGUCAUUGAAUUUCAGGGCUUCCGAAGUGUUAUCUCAGGCGGAACUUGCGUUCGCCAAUUUCUCCGAUGAAGAUAAGUCGUUGGGAGCAAGUGGUGCCGUUGAUGAUGGUCUUGAGAUAUCGAAGCUUGGGAUUUCUGGAGAGAUCGUUCAGGCUUUGGCUAAGAAGGGUAUCGCUAAUGUUGAUGAGUUGUGGAAGCUUUUGUCUGACAAGGAUGCAUAUCGUAUUUUGAUUCUUUCUGUUGACCUUGUGAAAACUCAGAACAAGAUUAAGGCACUUCUAAAGGAACGAUUAAAUGGAAAAGCUGCAGGAGGAUCAAGUGAGAAAUCGGAACCUAGUGCAUCUGUAGAACUGAAUUCACGUAACUUUGAUGAGUUGGUUCUUAAAAGUAAAGAUCUUUGGAUUGUGGAGUUCUUUGCUCCUUGGUGUGGACAUUGUAAGAAGCUUGCGCCUGAGUGGAAGAAGGCUGCAAACAAGUUGAGGGCAAGGUAAAGCUCGGUCAUGUCGACUGUGAUGCGGAGAAGGUAAUUUUAGGAAUUCUGAUGUUGGCCUGAUAUUUUCUCAUGUUAUUAAAUUUGGUUUCUGUUGUAAUGAUUAUGUGCCACAUCAUUGUUCCGUAAGAAAUAAUCACUAUGUAUAACUAACUGACUUAUCUUUACUUUUGCGAACCAAUUUUUGACAUCUUAGAUUUGGGUUGGAAAGUUGAAGAUGUCCAGUAUAAGCAAUAACUUUGAGUAUACAGAUAUUGGGGUUCAAAUGAAAAAAAA